AUGGCUUGUUCAGUGGGUCUAUUGUGGAAAUUGGGUGGUGAACAAAAAUUUAUAGAAAAACAAGAAGAGAAGAAAGCUUCUCAGGAUAAACCUAACGCGGAUGAUGAUGAAACAUACGAUAUAAUGAUUAGUUAUUCAUGGAAAGAAAAAGAAUUAAUUACUAUGAUCCACAAUCGGUUAAUCGAUGAAGGAUAUAGGGUAUGGUUAGAUAAAGAUAAUAUGUUUGGUUCAACUAUUGAACGAAUGGCUGAAGCUAUUGAACGUUCUUCUUUUAUCUUAAUGAGUAUGUCAAGUUCAUAUAAAAAAUCGCCAAAUUGUCAAGCGGAAGCUGAAUAUGCAUAUCGUCGAAACCGAUGUAUUAUCCCGUUAAUUGGUGAACCAAAUUAUCGUGCUGAUGGAUGGUUAGGAUUUAUAGCGGGAUCAAAAAUGUACAUUCGUUUUGGACAAGAUAAUUUUGAAGCAGAUUUUCAACUUCUAAUUAAAGAAAUUAAACGAAAUCAAUCAAUCAAUCAUCAUCAAGGAAAAGUUAACGGUGAACAUGUAAAAAGUUUACAACAUGAAACGAAAAAAUCGUCAUCAAUUUUGGAUACAAAUGUACCGGAAACAUCUGCUGAAUCAACUACACAUGAAAAUUUAGAGCUAGUUAAUGAUACGAUAGAUGUUAAUGGUGAACAAUCAACUUCUCCUAUUACAGAAACGGAAGAUAUUUCCAUCGAUCUUAUUUCAAAUCAAAUUUCUCAUAGUCACGAUUCAUCAAUUAUACAUUCUUCCUUAUUAAAAGAAGAAAGUAGACAGACUAUUAUUUACCUUCCUCUUCCACCAUCGCCUCCCCCAAUCAUUUCAAUUCCAUUACCUCAAACUCGUGGUUAUUCUAUAAUCCUAAAUAUGAAAAAAUGGUCUGCAGUAAACGUUCUGGAAUUUUUGAAUGAUAUGGAACUUGAUAUAAUGGCACCAUUGUGUCAAAAAAUGAAUGGUAGUACGUUAAUUGAGAUGCACAAAGCAUGUGAUACGUAUCCCGAUGCCAUGUACCACAUAUUAAAUGCACAAUUAAUUGAAUUAAAUAGAAAAACGUUACCUACUUUUACCUAUUUUAAAUUCAUUAGCGAUGUCAAAAAAUGUUUACCAUACAAAUUACCACAAAAAAUUUUCUAUCGGUAUGAAACACACAACAAUGAAAACAGCAACUAUUAAUAUGUCCAUUGUUUUCCGUUGCAUCUUAUUAUCCUAAUGGUAUCAUGAUAAGCUUUUCCAUUAUGAUCAUCUGUACACAAUGUUAACAGGAAUGGAAGGUUCACAUAACGAUUUUUAUCAACGAUUUUAAUGGUUAUUGUAUGAUCGCAAAAUGUAGUAAAAAAUCGUAGUCAAAAUGAGCCUACAAACAGUUUAGGCUUUAGUCUGUCACGUUACGUGAUCGAAAAAACGUAUCAGAGACAAAUUUUUGAUUUUUUUGAUCUUAAAAAUAAUAUUAUUAAUAGAAUAUAUGUUUUGUUAGCGGAAAGAUGGUAUCAGUCUAUUUUAUAUAUUUGGGGUUUCCAUUAAAAGCAACAUUGAAAUAGUGCGAUUUGUAUAAAUUGUAAUUUUCUGAGGAAGUACUUUAUCAGAAAAGAAAGUAAAACAAAUUCAAUUGCAGUUGUUGACCAGGAUAAGGUUCGGCUAAUUCGAAGUUACAGCACCAUCUCACGAGUCAGAUUUGAAUGAUAGUCCCAUAGAUCCACAGAGGGCGUCGAGCGGCAAAUGGUGGUGUCCUCAGAAUCCAGAAAAUCCCUUUCCUUCGCCCUCAAGCCGCCAAAAUACUGAGACGAACACCGAAAUCAAAAUAAGUGUUUCCUGUGAGUAUUUCGACCGCCAUUUUUUUUGCGUUUCACUCUAGCGCCUUGAACGUUGCACGGCUGGAUUCAGCGCAUCAAACUGCAUAGAGGCACAUGUUUUUAAAGUUCCGAAAAGCCUUUUUUCGAUUCGGCAAAAAAUCUACCGUGAAAAGGGCAGUCCACAGCGGGAAAAAACGAUCUAGUCUCUGGAUUUUAGAGAUUGAGAUUUGGUUCUUGCGCCGAAAGAUGCGCCUUGAGACGGGCUACAACGUGACGGCUCGAGAUUUUCGAUUUUAUCCUUUCCUGUCAAAAUGUAUCUUUUUCUUUUUCUACGCUAAGCAAUCCUUCAGGUCAUUUUCGACUAAC